GAAAAUUGAAAGAAAAAAAAGUCGGAAACCCCUUUUCUCCGGAGCUCUCUUGUAUCGAUCGUCUUUCUCCGACCAUUGGAUUGAUUCGUUGGAAUCGUUGGGUGUUCCUUCGAGAAAAACCAGUGUGUGAAUGGACGAAGACGAUGAAUUUGGAGAUCUGUACACCGACGUCCUUCAGCCCUUCAAACCCUCCGCUGCUCCUCCGCCUCCGCCGCUUCACCCUCCGAUCGACCUCAACCUUCAAUCCCUCCAUCAAGAUAUCGAAGAUGAUGGAGCCACAGCCGUUUCUAGGGUUUCCGAUAUCGAACCCUCCAAAUUAUCCUCUCCAGCAAUUGACAUGGAUAUGAAAUUCGAUAUCGAAGAUGCAGAUACUGAUGCUUUACCUGCUAUUCCUGGCGAAUCGCUUCCCGCUUUGCCUACAGAUCGAGGUCGCUCAGGAAUUGGCAAGCUUAGUGAUGGGGCGAUGCGCGAGCAAGGUGAUGGAGAAGGAGGUGAUUGGGAUAGUGACAGUGACGAUGAUUUGCAGAUAGUGUUGAACGACAGUAGCCGUAACAGCCUGAUCGGAGCUGGGAGAAGAGCAAACCCAGACGAGGACGACGAAGAAGAUGAUGAAGAACCGCUUGUUAUUGUAACGGACACAGAUCCAAACCAAGCUAUGGAGGGGCAUAUCUGGGCAGAAGAUAGUCUGCAGGCGACGGAGGGAGACGGCAAAGACGCAGGCGAGGCUGGGAAAGCAAGUGGAGCAGGAGCUGUGGCUGCUCCCCCCAAAAUUGGGUAUAUCGGCCAUGGUUAUCAUACCUUUCAUUCUCAGUUUAAGUAUGUAAGACCGGGGGCUGCCCCAAUGGCUGGAGCUACUGCAUCUACUGCUGGGACCUCCUCAGGUCAAGUUCGUCCACCCGUAAAUGUAGUUCCUAUGGCUGGUCGUGGUAGGGGAGACUGGCGUCGUCUGGGUUUCGGGACGGGUUGGGGUAGUAAUACAGCUGGUCGGGGAGUUGGUGUUGGUCUGGACUUUACUCUUCCUUCUCACAAGACUAUAUUUGAGGUCGACAUUGAUGGUUUUGAGGAAAAGCCUUGGAGAUAUCCCGGCGUUGAUACCACUGACUUCUUCAACUUCGGGCUGAAUGAGGAGAGCUGGAAAGACUAUUGUAAACAGCUGGAUCAACACCGUGUAGAGACCACAAUGCAAAGCAGAAUUCGUGUGUACGAAAGCGGGAGAACAGACCAGGGGUAUGAUCCAGAUCUACCUCCGGAGUUAGCUGCAGCAACAGGUGCUCAGGGUAUUCCUGCUGACUCUUCAAAUCUAGUGAAACCAACCACUACUCAAGGCGAUUCAACUAAAGGACCUGCCCAUGUUCGACCUGCACUACCACCUGGAAGACCAAUACCUGUGGAGACUGGUUCUGGUGAGCGUCUACCAUCCAUUGAUACACGAGCCCCUCGGAUCCGUGAUGCAGAUGCUAUAAUCGAGAUUGUCUGUCAGGACUCACGUGAGGCUGAGCCCUCAUCUGGAAAUGAUGUGGAUCAAGUGGGCAAUAGCCUUCCUGGAGAAAAUAUCUUAGGUGAUGUCAACAGUGGGAGCCCAGACACAGGAUCUUCUUGUCAAGCUCCUACCCAAGAUGAGCUAGCUAAAAGGCUUCAUGAUAAGCAAGAGGAUGCAAUCUCUGAAAACACGGAUGGUAGAUGCAGUUUGCGGUCAUCAUCUCCUAUUGGAGGCAGAGACACCAGGUCAUCAAGUGUUGACCAGAAAGAUACAGGGGCUGAACCUAGCAAAUACUCCGAGAUGGAGGAAGAACGUAAGAUGAGUUCUGAACUCUUGCAGUCCGUGGUUCAGGAAGAUGAUGGAGGAGAGUCAAAGACUGAGAGAAGCAGUGAAAGCAGCAAAGCAAAAUCUGGAAAUCACAGAGAGUAUCAGCAGUCAAAGGACAGUGCAGUUGAUGCUCGACGACCAAGCAGUGGAAAGCAACUUCAUGAAAACUCACAGCAUCAGAGCAGGAAGAAUCAGGAUAGAGAGCAGGAAACUGAACGGACACGUGUGGCGGCUAGCAAAGGUGGUAGGGAGAAUUCAUAUCCUCAUAUGGAGUUUGAUUCUAGCUAUCCUCGUCACUCAUAUACAAAAGGCGAGGAUUUUGAUAAAAGAAAAGAGUGUGACAUUGCGGGUAGUGUUUGGCAUAGGAGAGAGGAUGAAGCUUACAGUAGAAAAAGCAGAGAUGAAGGUUCUAGGAAAAGAGACCGUGGAGAUUAUCUGGGCUCUAGGCACAGGGGUAAAAUGCGAGAGAGUGAAACAUAUGGCAAAGAUGACCAUGUUCCUUCGAGAAAGCAUUUGGAUGACGGUGGUAUGAGGGUUCCAAGUGACAAGGAUUUUGGCUCAAGACCCAAGGAAAGAGAUGAUAGUUUGAGGAAUAAUUAUGAGGUGAUGGACGAUUAUGUUAGCAAGAGAAGGAAGGAUGAAGAAUACUUACGAAGAAGCCGCUCUGAUAAGAAUGAAAUUUCUCACAGUCAAAGAGAAUCAUCUAGCCAUCCAAAACGAGAAAGGGGUGAUAGGUUGGAGGAUCAGAAGAGAGCUGCCCAGAAAAUCAGAGAGGAUUUUGGUGAUUUCCGUUCUUUCGGAAACAGAGAUGAAUUUUAUGUGCAGAGAGAUGGCAAUGAGAGGCAAAGGGAAUGCGAAGAUUUGGAUAAUUUGAGACGGACCCGUGAGGAGGAUUCAUCAGUGCACGGAAGAGAAAGACGGGUGACUACGAGGAACCACAGAGAUUCAGAAGACCGAGCAUCAAGGAUGAAGGAUGAAUACAAGGGUUCUGAUAAAGAGCUUCUUAACAAAGACACAGCAAGGCAUAACAAACAUCAGAAGAGAAGGGAAAAUGCCUAUGAGGAAAGUUCUUCACAUAAUGGAGGACAUGAGGAGACUUCUACGCGUCAAGACAUAACUGUGAACAAUGAGAAAAAAUUGAGGCAGGAAAGGGCCAGUGGUAGAAGUGAUAAGAUUUCUGAUCCUUCAGAUGGCAAGGGAUCGCAAGAGAAGAAGCACAAGGAAUCUAGACGAAAGAACAAAGAACAUAGAAUUGGAGAUGCUGCAGAUCUUGGGCCAUUAAGAAGCAAACAAGAGGAACAAAAUGGCAGUUUUGAAGAGUUGGGCUCAAAACGUGCCAACAAGUCGAGAAGUAGGAACACUGCCCGAAGAAACAAGGAAGACGUUUCCUCAGACGAGGAACAGCAAAACUCGAAGAGGGGACGGCUGGAGAUGGAGCAUUGGACGAACCAUAAAGAGAGAGAAGACUUUACUCUCCCUGCCAAGUCAUCAUCAUCAUCUGUGCCCUUGAAGUUUCAGGAGAUGGACAAAAGCCCAAAUGGAAGAUCUGCAGAAGAAGGUAGAGAAGCAGCUCAUGACCCCACUACUGAGAAAAACCGGGAUGCAAACGAAGAGAAAAACGCCGCGGAGAUGAAACACAGGGGUCAGAAGCCGCCACCAGGGGACCGACACUUGGAGACGGUCGAGAAACUGAAGAAACGGAGCGAAAGGUUCAAGCUUCCAAUGCCAAAUGAGGAUAAUAUCAUCACAUCAACAGUAAAGAAAACGGAGACUGAGACUGAUAGAAGAACCGAAGGGGCUGCAGAUUCAGAAGUGAAGGCAGAGCGGCCAGCGAGGAAAAGACGGUGGACGAGUAGCUGAGAGCCGUAAACCAAAGAAAAAACAAGAAACUGGUUCUCGAGUUUUUGUCUGGACGGAGAAGAGAAGCCAGGAAGCAGCAGCGUCUUUCUCUGCUUGUAUGGAUGGAUGUGGGUUAAAGGCACAUGGCUGAAAGAGGGUCUCAUAUAGGAAUGAAUGCGGGGUUUUAGCUGGAGAUUAGGCAGAGACAAAUGAGGUUUUAGUUGGAGAUUAUGUAAGAAUUAAGAUUAAGGAUACAUACGGAUACUUGUGUUUGAGUCUGUAGUUGAUGAUGUAAACUUUUGUCCGAGAGAUUUGUACUCGAAAUUUUCAGAGUACCCGAAUUUACGAAUAUACAUUAUGUUGCAUUA